GGGCUGCAGUCGCUUUUCUCCGCCGGGGGCACGGGCUAGCCCUUGGCAGUGCGGCUUUAUGGGCCCCCUUUAAGGCCGGCGGAGGCAUCCCGGAGCGGCGUGAGGCGUCCUCUCGGAGCCGCGCCUCCUCGCCGCCGCGUGGGAUCCCUCCGCGCGGUUAUCUCGCCCCCAUCUCGCUCCCGCUCCGCGCAGUGGCGGGGUGCGAAAAUGCCUCCCCGGCGCGCACCGAGGCGGCAGCCUCGGCGGCGGCGGCGGCCGCGGUGGGAGGGGGCGGAGGGGGAGGUGAGGUGAGAGGUGGCACCGGGCAGGGGGUGUGUGGUGGUGUGUGUUUUUCGUUUCCCUCCAGAGCGGAGGUUUGUAAACCGAAGCCAGAGUAUCCCCGUGGGCUGGGCCACUUGUUUUCUUUCCUCUUUUUAAUUUUUUUCUUCGUGUCCCAGUGUGCGAGCACGGCCCGGUGCCUGGGAGGAAGCCGUGGAGGCGGCGGGCCAGGUCACCCGGGGCGUCGGUGAUUAAAUUGCGGCGGAGCCGGCGCGCGCCGGGGGAGGCCGGGAGAGGCCGCGGCGCGCGGGGGCUGGGCGAGGCCCCGCGACCCGCGCGGGAGGCGGCGCGACGCCGAGGCGGUGACACCAGCGCCGGGGCAUGAGUGCCCAGUAGCGAGUGCCCAGGCGCCGGGCCUCAGCGACGACGCGCGCGGGGCGGGCGAGCGGGCGGCAGCAGCGACGACGCAGCCCGGCGGCCCCGGCGGCCGCCCCAGAGGCCCCCGCGGCAGCGCGGCCGGCCGGGUGGAGACGCGCGCUCGGCUCCCCCGCCUGCUCCGCGCCGCCGGCCCUCCCGCGCCGUGGCCCUCGGCCGCCGCCCGGAUGAGCUCGUACUUCGUAAACCCGCUGUACUCCAAGUACAAGGCGGCGGCCGCGGCGGCGGCGGCGGCGGCGGCGGCGGCGGGCGAGGCCAUCAAUCCCACUUACUACGACUGUCACUUCGCGCCGGAGGUCGGCGGCCGCCACGCCGCCGCCCUGCAGCUCUAUGGCAACAGCGCUGUCGGCUUCCCGCACGCGCCCCCGCCGGCGCACCCGCACCCGUCCCCGCCGCCGGGCUGCGGCGGUGGGGGCGGCCCGGGGCCCGGCCAGGACUACUUCCACCCCGGCGGGGGCAGCCCGGCCGCAGCCUACCAGGCCGCCCCACCUCCUCCUCCGCACCCUCCACCUCCGCCGCCGCCUCCUCCCUGCGGCGGGAUUGCCUGUCACGGGGAGCCCGCGAAGUUUUACGGAUACGAUAACUUACAGAGACAGCCGAUUUUUACGACCCAGCAAGAGGCCGAGCUGGUACAAUAUCCUGACUGUAAAUCGUCCAGUGGUAAUAUUGGCGAGGACCCAGACCACUUAAAUCAGAGCUCGUCUCCUUCUCAAAUGUUUCCCUGGAUGAGACCACAAGCUCCAGGUAGACGAAGAGGAAGACAAACCUACAGUCGCUUCCAAACCUUAGAGCUGGAAAAGGAAUUCCUUUUUAACCCUUAUCUGACCAGGAAGAGAAGAAUCGAGGUUUCCCACGCCCUGGCCCUCACAGAGAGACAGGUAAAAAUCUGGUUCCAAAACAGGAGAAUGAAAUGGAAAAAGGAGAACAACAAGGACAAAUUUCCCGUUUCCCGGCAGGAGGUGAAGGACGGGGAAACCAAAAAGGAAGUCCCAGAGCUGGAGGAAGACAAGGCUGAAGACCCGACAAAUUAACUUCUACCUUUAAAUUUUUACCACAGACUGUUAAAACUAAUGAACAACAUAUGCUGGUGGAUACCACCGAUUUUCUUUUCCUGGACAGGACCUUACCUGUGUUUUAAGCUACCUUCAUGUCACUGCUCUUGAGGUUUCUUCACUUUCAGAGGGAUUUGAGGUGUCUUUAAAAAAAGUUUCUACUAUAUAGCCUAGAAGCUGUCCUAUAAAAGGGUAAUUUGAUACUGACCUUGUAGCUAUAUUUUUUAUAAUGGUGGUUUUUAAUGUCUGAGCUGGUGAUUUGUCUCAACAACAUAAACUUCCUAAUGAUUAGCACUAAAUGAUUGAAUAUAAAAUGCUUUAUUAAUCAAACAAGUGCACUUGAACAUGUAAAAUCUUUUCUUUAUGGUGAGUAAAUUAAAAAGAAGUCUAUUGAUUUUUAAAAAAUUAUGCUGGCAGAAUAUUUACUUUAUAUUAUUUGAUUAAGUGUGUUAUUUAUGUUUUCCUUUCUGCUUUUAUAAUGAAUAUGUUGGGUGCCUUUUAUUUACUCCUUAACGGUUUCUUUGUGUAUUUUGUAAAUGUGACAUAUCAGGGAAAAGUCUGGGCCAAUUAUUUGAAAAGCACAUGUUAACUGAAGAGUGUAAUGUGUACUCCAGGCUCUACAACUUCCCUAAACUUCAGGAAAAUGUUGGGCCAGUGACAAGACUUUCAGGACAAUGUCAAAAUUCACAUUAAAUCAUUUUUCUCUAGUCCCUACAAAUGAAUGGCAGUUUAGAGUAAAUUAAUACUUGAAAAGCCAAUUAUAACAUUUACACUAACUUUUCGCUCUGGCGAGUUGCUUUGCUUUCAUUUUGAGCUCCGCUUGUAAACGCCUGAAAUAUGUAGGUCUCCAGACCAGGAUGCUAUUGUGAUUCUGUUCUAAGUAGGUAUCAUAUUUAUUUGUAUUCCCCUCUGUUUGCCUGCUGCUUUGAAGCCAACUUGCUGUGUGCAUCUCAGAAGUCGGUUGGUACAUCCUCUGCUGUUCUUCAGGAAAGCUAUGGUCUCUCACCUAUUGGAAACAAGCCCUGAGAGCACAUGCAGAAACCUCCAAGUGUAAACAACCGCUCCAGAACUUAGCUAACGCCUUAAUAAAGAAAUCAAACUCUUUCUAGAA